AUGUCCACCUAUGAGUGGGUGAUCGAGCAGGAGAGCCCUGACGGUGUGACUACACGUGUCGUGUUCGACUUCGCCGAUGGCAAUACGGACAGCCACGGAAAUGGUGGCCGUGCGAACAUAUCUUCGUCGUCCUACCUCCUGCAGCACCGCCGCGAUCGACGUGGGCGAGGCUUGAGCGGCGGCACACCGUCGGCCGCUGGCUUCUUUGCUUUCAAGGAAGUUGCUUGCUCUGAGGAAGGCAGCAGUCGGCGCAGCAGUAAGCACAGUAACGGCAGCCGCUCGCGCCGUCGACGUCAGCACCACCGCGGCACCUUUGGCAAAGGCGGCAGAGAAAGCGGCAUCAGCACGAUGGCAGGGCCGGCCGGCUCCGCAUACACAUCGAUGUCUCUGCGGCAGCGCUACCAGCGCAUGCUGUUUGGCGGUGGUCGUGGUGGGAGGGCGUCGACUGUCGCUGGUGUCUCGCGGACCCCAACAGUCACGCCUGACGCCUCCGCCUCCGUGCUCGCUUCAGGGCUUGCGCUGUCUUAUCGGAACGACCCAAGCGCCGGCCUCAAUAGUGAUACCCACUCUCUCAGCUCCAGCCUAUUUCGCGGUACCACCGCUGGUGGCCAGCCACCCAGCACCCUAUUUAUGUCUGCCUACGGUGCGGAAAUGGUAGAGGAGGACGCGAGUCAAGGCUGCAGCGGCUGCCUGAGCCGGCGGAACCGCUGCAGCACAAGGAGAGGUAACAGCAGUCACGACGGCGGUGUGUCGAGCGUGGCGCGCGCUAGCGCUGCCUGUGACCGGAAUGCUGCAGCACCACAGCACGCGGCUGGCGGCAUGCGCACCGCCGGUGACACCCCUCAGCACUUCUCGGUGCUGACUGCAGCCGCCACGACGGCAGCUGCCACACCGCCUUCGUCUGGUCACCACCGCCGUGUUGUGGCACGCGAGGAAAGCGACGAUGACGACAUCAUGAGCGACACUGGCAAAGUCAACGGGGACGGCUCGUACUCCGUGCUGCGCGACGUGUGGGCGACGCGGGCCACGUGUCCUCGCACCAUCGCGACAGCUCGCGCGGCCGACUUCCCUGCAUUUCCGCCACUGCACUCCAUCAGCGUGGAAAAGGAAGAGGAGCCAACGGAUACGGUGACUGAGUGCUGUGGCCACCCCGCCGGUGGCAUCGACGCCCGCGAUGUGCUCAGUGGCAUUGCAGAUGCCAAGGCCACACGGCGGGUGCCGGUUUCCCUCGCAGCGAGCGAGGAGAACAUCCGUCUACAGGCCAAAGUAGAUGCAGCGGAGGACCACCGGCGGUACAACAAGAUGCUGCUCAAGAAAGAGCGUCAGCGGCGACGCGAUCAAGGGUGGCAGUCAACGGGGUCAAGUGGGAACUGUACGGUCAGCUUCUGUAGGACGCACGGCUCGUACGCCGGCGAGAGCAGCCGAGGUCUCCGUGAUGGCGCGUCUGCCGGUACCAGUCGGCGCGGUUGUCGAGAGCGCGCCGUGUGCGAGCGAGGCAGAUUGGACGCCUACCAGCCUAGAAGUAGCAGCAGCACGGACAGCGAUGAAGAUGACGCGGACGACGAGAGCUGCGACACCUCGUCUCUCUCGUCAUUGGAGUGUCUGAGCACCUCCUCGAGGGAUGACUUCGACGUGCGCGAGCUGCGGGCGGACUCGGUCUUCGCAGCCACCGUGCAGUCUCUGGCGAGUCGAGCAGAGCGGGAGCGCAAGAAGAUGGAGGCACGGGAAGAGCAGAUGCUCUGGAGUGAGGCUGCGCAAAACAAGGCGACAUCAAUGACGCAGCGGUCGCCGCUGCACUCACCAGCGACCCUCCGUGGCCUGAUGUCUUCAGCAGACGGCGCUGCCACCACGACGCCGGCGUUGCCGCCAUCACUAGCCACCGUGCCGCGUCGUGCAGAGGCCGCGUCUACCGGUCUGUUAAUCAGAAAUGGUGUCGGGAGCGGUAACGCUGGUCGCAGCGGCGCUGUCUCGUCGUUCUUUAUUUCACCAAUUCACCAGUCUGUGGCAGCAGAGUCGGCGGCCUGGACGGCGGGCACGGGGUUCGAAUUUCUGGGGCAAGGUGGCCUUGGUGGCAACGACACCGCGUCAUCGUCCUUGUUGCCCACUUCACGACCGGCGCCGUGGCAGCGCCGUGGCAGCGCCUUCACACCUGCACGGGCCACCAUGAGUCGACGUCGCGAGCGGUCAGAAGACAACGAAGAGGGUUACGCAGAGGAGCUAAAGGAGUCAUGCGACGCCGGUGCAUCAUCCUCCACGACGCACGCGAUGGCUGCUGAUGCGCAGACCAGCACCCACCGUGCUCGCAAGAAGCGUAAGCGAGGCGAUCGUGCUCGGCAGUCCGUCGUUGGCGAGUGUGGCGGCAGCCGCGCGUUGCGCCCCGUCGCGGCCCCGUCGAACGGCCCUCCGCUGGAGAUCUUGCCGUGCAGCAAGAUGGAUAUGCGGGAAGACCUCCUGGAGUCGUUUCUGAUGGAGGCGGUGCUAGACGAGGAUGACUUUGCGCUUUACUAA